CCUGCUCCAAUUUCUCCUUCUCAUCCCUGACGGAAAACACGAAAUUAAUGUGGAUUUCUAUUAAUUUAUAACAUAAAAAGUCAUCGGAAGUUGAACAAUUAGAGCUCGCGUGAGUCUAAGGGGAGACAGCAAGGCGGACGACAUGCAGCAGAAGUGGUUAUUAACCGGUCUUUCGGUGGCGCUCCUAUUGGGCACCUGCUCUGCGCUGUACGAAGACCAGAUCAAAAAAUUCGACUGGAGAGGCGUGAAUGUGGGUGCACUAAAGCACUCUCGCGUGGACCUGAACCAUUUUCAGCCGCGUAUUCUGGUCAGCACUCAUGAGGGAGUUGUGGCCAGCUUGUGCGUAAAGACCGGCGAACUUGUGUGGCGUCAGGUGCUUGAACAAAAACCGCGCGGUGACAUCAAGCUGCUCCAGGUGAGCGGAUUCUCUGAUGACAGUAGCGACACGGCCGCAGCUCCUGUGGGCAGCAAUUUGGUUUUCGACAUGCUUACCGUCCAGGGACAUGCACCUGCUUUGGUGCGGGGCUGGAACACCAACAUCGGCGCACUCGAAUGGGAAUGGUCCAUCAUGCCGCUGAACACGGAACGGGCUCAAGAGGCGCUGUGGUUCUACAGCAAAUCCGUGCUCUACCACGUACUGCCCGCCUGGCGGAGCCACCUGGAGGUCACCGCGUACUUUGCCAGCUCAGGUCACAGCACUGGCAGCACCAGCAAAGUAAUGGCCUCCUGGAUCACCCCGGAGAGCUGCUCACUUAGCGGUACUUUCUACGUAUGUUUGGAUGGCAAACAAUUAAUUAGCCUGGAUUUGGUUUCCAAGAGCGGACAGUUGAUUCGUACUUCACUUGAGUCAGAGCCAAAGGGAAAUCUUCAGUCCUUAUCGGGUUUUAAUGGAGUUGUUAUUGUGGAUGGCAAACUUGUCAGUGUCAACAAGGACCAAUCCGUCUGCAGUGGUCUGCAAAGUUCCAGCUACGCCGUGGGAAGCUUUAACUACCGUAAGAUCUUGGCAUACGCCGAUCUGUCCUCUGGAAUUCUUAAGAUUAAUUCCGUUUAUCUGGAUAACUGCGCACCGGCGACUGAGUUGGAACAGAGUUUACCUUUCCCAGCACAUUUUGGUACUCCAUCGCUGAACAACUUCGACUGCAAGCAGAAGAGAAGUGGCGAAGGCAAGAGUUGCCUGUUCCUGUUCAGCACCAGCUCCGAUUCCAUUGUUGCCGUGCAGAAUGGACGCAUCCGUUGGUCGCGAGAGGAAGCGCUUGCCAAUGUGAUUGAUUCGCAGUUUGUCGAUUUGCCUUUGGCUGAUACUGAGGGUACUUUAGAGAGCGAGAUGAAGGGCAAAGCCGGUGAUUUCACAAGUUUCGAGAGAGACAUUCUUAGUGCCUUUUUGCGUCGCAUCACUACGCAAGCUGUUCAGAUUAGAAGCUUAGUCCUUCAUGUCAUCGGUCUGGGACCUCCGCCAACGGAUACCCAGCGAGCUGGCCUGGUUCGGGAUUCAUUUGGUCUCCACAAAAUGUUGGUUAUACUUACGCGUGCUGGGAAGAUCUUUGGCAUUGACAAUGUCUCAGGAAAGCACCACUGGCAGCUGUAUCUUCCCAAUGUCAAUGGAUUUGCUAAUGACGAACAGAUGCGUCUUAUUGUCCAGCGUUCGGCCAAACACUUCCCGCUUCAGCCUUUGUGCACAAUUUUGGGCAAAGAUUCUGUCAAUGGCAAUGGAGUGCUCUAUCGCUUUAAUCCCAUCACUGGACAACCCGUUGAAGGCGGUCUUAUUAAUCUGGACUACAAAAUAAAACAGUUAUCGUUGCUGGGAGAAACCGAAAAGGACUUUGUAAAGGGCAUUCUGUUGUUAGAUGCUUCAAAUCAGGUCCAUGUGUAUCCUCAACAUGCGACACCAUUAGCUGAUGGUAUGUAUCUGUAUACAGCCGAUGUGAAAACUGCAGAGUUAUCCGGUUACUUUGUCAAAUAUGCAGGCGGUCAAUUGACGAGCACGCAUAUUUGGAACGCUCGUCUGGGAGGCCACAACUCUGAGCAGCAGAUUAUCGGUGUUGCCGCCAAGAAUCCCAUCGAGCAUGUCCACUCCCAGGGACGAGUGUUGGGAGAUCGAUCGGUGCUGUAUAAGUACAUCAACCCCAAUUUAGUGGCCUUUGUUACUCAGGCGCCGGAUGCCACACACAAAUCUGUGCUUAACUUGUAUCUGGUUGAUGUGGUGUCCGGCUCGGUAGUAUUCACCAUGACACAUCGCAAGGUGCGUGCUCCAUUAAGUAUUGUUCACUCAGAGAAUUGGCUGGCCUACUCCUACUUCAAUGAGAAAGUGCGACGCACAGAGAUAACCACCAUUGAAUUGUAUGAGGGUAAGACCCAGGCGAACAGCAGUGUUUGGAGUUCCCUGCAGGCUCCACCAAUGCCUCUUGUGGAGCGUCAGUCUUAUAUACUCCCCACAAUUGUUGAGGCUCUUCGGGAGACAAUCACAGAGCGCGGAAUUACCAACAAGCAUGUGCUCAUCGGCACUGCCAGUGGAUCGAUUGUUGAAAUGCCAUGGCAUUUGCUGGAUCCUCGUCGUCCUAUAGCCUCCACUACUCAGGGACGUGAGGAGGGAGCCAUUCCCUACAUACCCGAGUUGCCUUUGCCAACGGAAAGCCAUAUAAACUACAACCAGACGGUCUCUCGUCUGCGUAAUAUUUAUACAGCGCCCAGUGGUCUGGAGAGUACCUGUCUAGUCGUUGCUACGGGUUUAGAUUUGUUCGUUACGCGCGUGGCGCCAUCAAAGACUUUCGAUUUAUUGAAGGAGGACUUUGACUAUAUUCUCAUUUCCAUAGUGCUAGUAGCGCUCACAUCAGGAUCGUUGAUUGUUAAGCAUUUAGCGUCACGUAAAUUGCUCAAGCAGGCGUGGAAAUAGGGGCUUGGCAUUAUUAUUAAAUAAUUGCUUUAUAUAAAUAUAUAAAAUUGUACUGCGACCAAAUACAACAAGGGAGGAUGAAAUGAUGAAAAAGGGAAAUCGGCGAUAAGAGUAUUUAUAUACAUACAUAAUUCUGAUAGCUGCAUUACAUCCCAUAAUGCGAUUAAAACUUUUUCUCAACGCUAAGCCUAGGCAAUUAUUUAUAAAUAAUUAUAUAGCGUUAAAACAUCAAAUAAUUAUAAUUAGCUGUUGAAAGGUUUUCAUUGCAUUUUCUUGUUCCUUUGAUUUGUGUUCGUUUGGAUUUCCAUAUACGAAAAAUAUCAGCAUUGAAAGUGUGUUUAAAAAAAUGUAGUUAAUAAAAGCAUUUGUAAAGGAAGACAAUGGUAAAGUAAAUAAAACAAUUUUUCAUCACAA